AAGUACUUCCGGGAUAGCAAAGGUCGGCCCCGGCAAGAUGGCGGCGCCCUUGGAGCUCAGGUGCUGGGGAGGCGGUUGGGGGCUCCCGUCGGUGCACAGCGAGUCCCUGGUGGUGAUGGCUUACGCCAAAUUUUCUGGUGCACCCCUGAAAGUCAAUGUCAUAGAUAACACCUGGAGAGGUUCAAGAGGAGAUGUACCAGUUUUGACAACUGAAGACAGUAUUGUUUCUCAGCCGGCAAAAAUACUAAACUUUUUAAGAAAACAGAAAUAUAAUGCCGAUUAUGAACUGUCAGCAAAACAAGGGGCAGAUACACUAGCUUACAUUGCUCUCCUCGAAGAGAAGCUUCUUCCUGCAGUGCUUCACACAUUCUGGGUUGAGAGUGAAAAUUACUUUACUGUGACAAAGCCAUGGUUUGCUUCACGAAUGCCUUUUCCCUUGAGUUUGAUCCUGCCUGGAAGAAUGUCUAAGGGAGCACUGAAUAGGAUUCUCCUGACGAGGGGAGAGCCUCCCCUCUACCACCUCCGAGAUGUAGAAGCUCAGAUAUACAGAGAUGCCAAGGAGUGCCUAAAUCUUCUGUCAAACAGACUGGGAACAUCUCAGUUUUUCUUUGGAGAUACACCUUCUACUUUGGAUGCCUAUGUGUUUGGUUUUCUCGCACCUCUUUAUAAAGUACGCUUUCCUAAAGUUCAGUUACAAGAACAUUUGAAACAGCUCUCCAACCUGUGUCGGUUUUGUGAUGACAUCCUAAACAGUUAUUUUAGGCUUAGUCUUGGAGGCAUCUCUCCUGCUGGACAAGAAACGGUAGAUGCAAAUCUGCAGAAACUCACACAACUUGUAAAUAAGGAAGCCAACUUGAUUGAAAAGAUGGAUGACAAUCUUCGCCAAAGCCCUCAACUUCCUCCUCGGAAACUGCCAACACUUAAAUUGACUCCAGCAGAAGAAGAAAGUAAUUCCUCACAACGGCUAUCACCCUGACAGUCUUCAUGCUUUGUGUCCAAAGUCAUAUAAUUGUUGCAGUAAUCUCUUAUACUAAGUGUGUGAAGGCAAAAACAAAAUUCAUGAAUAGGUAUAAGGAAGACUCUAAAACAAAAGAAACUUUCUAUGACAGCAAUUUCUUUUUAGUUAGGAAGCUCGUGAUUUAGCUUGGAAACGCACUUUAAAUAACAUCAACGUAAAUGCUAAAUGAACUUGGAGAAAAAAGAAAACACGUACUGUAAAUAAAAAACCUGCCUUAACCUUGGCAGAUUUUUGCCUUUGGUUCACAUGUUGCUGGCCCAAAGCUACACUGCUGUUCUGAAUGUGCACUGUUAGUUUAUUCAAGUUAAUUUAUUAAUUUAGUAUCCUUAGACCAGUCUAAAUAUCUGAUACGUGGCUCUUUGGCUGAAGCCUUUUUUUCUUCUGUUUAGAAAUCUGAUGCCUAUUUUAGAUGUUAGGAAAAAUAUAUUAUUCUAAUAUUCUAUUUACUUCAAUAGAAAAGCCUGUAUUUAACUUUAAAAAGCAAUGAGGAAUGUGUUUUUUAAUUAUGCUCUCAUAAGUCUAAUCUUUGGGGGAGUUAGUACCAUAUAUAUAAAUAUUAAAGGUGGUUACAUAUAAUAUUUGUCUGACUAUAUGCACUUCAAUAUAACAGUAUUUGCUCAUGUGUUCAAUACAGGUUAGCAAGGGCUGUUUUAAUUUAUUGGAGCUUUAGACCUGUGUAUUCGUAGUACGUCUUUAACUCUAGUCAUCUCUUUCUUGGGUUGAUUUCAGGAGAGCUGAAUGUGUUAGCAUCGUUAUUAUGCCAGGCUGUAAAGUCUGACACUUGCCCAGUUGUUAGACACUACUCAGGAGGAGCCCACUGCCAGAGAACUAGAAGUACCUACUGUGCACCUAGUCCAGGUUCACCAUGCUUGGCUCAGACCAGUGUUCUUUCCUAAGAAACAUAUCAUGUAGUCAAAACCUUUAUGACAACUAAUUAUUUUCCAUAGAGUUAACUACAGUUGAAGGAUUCAAUGGAGUAGUCGGAAAUAGCAGAUUUUAAAGAACAUUUUCUAUUUAUUGGUUGCUGAACUGUUCAAAGAUUUGCUGUGUGGGUAAUUUUACUUAUAAUAGAAUCUUGCUUAUUUUAGUGGCUGAGGUGCUUCUGCUGUCCUAAAACUACUUCUGGGGUUUUUAAAAUAUAGGACCAUGUUUUUGAUUAGUGUCUUAAAAGAUUACUAUGGUGCUCAGCAAAUCUUGUCACAUCCUGCAGAAACCCCCAGGUUAGGAAAACAGUUUUGGACUCAAGAGACUUGUCUAAUCUGAGCUGAGUGGAACUCAGCUGUUUGACCUGCAUCCUCUCAAUUUGUUCUGUAUUUAGGUAGCUAUUUAUACAGAAGUCUUUAUGUCAUUGUAAAUAUUUUUUCUUGAAAGUUUUAAUGAGAAACAGCGUAGUCUUCAAAGUCUUUUUCAUCUGUUUGGAUGCAUAGAGAGAAAGAAACUAAUGAGUUUCCCAUUACUUCUGCAACA